AGCAGCUGCAGAAGCAGCAGCAGGACGAGCAGCGGCUGCGGCGGCACCUUGGCUCCUGAGCAUCGCAGGCGGUCCAUGCGCGCAGAGGAGGUGUGCAGAUGGGAGUGACGUCCACAUGCAGAUAUGCAAGAGCUCGGGGGACUGGCACCACCUCACCCAUGGUCAGCUGGGGUCGCUUCCUCUGCCUGGUCGUGGUCACCAUGGCAACCCUGGCCCUGGCCCGGCCCUCCUUCAAUUUAGUGGAGGACACCACGUUAGAGCCGGAAGAGCCGCCAACCAAAUACCAAAUCUCCCAACCUGAAGUUUACGUGGCCGCGCCCGGGGAGUCGCUAGAAUUGCGCUGUCCGUUGAGAGAUGCCACCAUGAUCAGUUGGACUAAGGAUGGGGUACACUUGGGGCCCAACAAUAGGACAGUGCUUAUUGGGGAGUACUUGCAGAUAAAAGGUGCCACGCCUAGAGACUCCGGCCUCUAUGCUUGCACGGCGGCUAGGCCGGUAGACAGCGAGGCUGUCUACUUCAUGGUCAAUGUCACAGAUGCCAUCUCAUCCGGAGAUGAUGAGGACGACACGGAAGGCUCCGAGGAUUUUGUCAGUGAGAACAAUAACAAGAGAGCGCCAUACUGGACUAACACAGAAAAGAUGGAAAAGCGACUGCACGCGGUCCCUGCAGCCAACACAGUCAAGUUUCGCUGUCCAGCUGGGGGGAAUCCAACACCAACAAUGAGGUGGCUGAAAAACGGAAAGGAGUUUAAGCAGGAACAUCGCAUUGGAGGCUAUAAGGUACGGAACCAGCACUGGAGUCUUAUUAUGGAGAGCGUGGUCCCAUCUGACAAAGGCAAUUAUACCUGUGUGGUGGAGAACGAGUAUGGCUCUAUCAAUCACACGUACCACCUUGAUGUUGUUGAGCGAUCACCACACCGGCCCAUCCUCCAGGCUGGACUGCCUGCCAAUGCCUCCACCGUGGUCGGAGGCGACGUGGAGUUUGUCUGCAAAGUUUACAGCGAUGCCCAGCCCCACAUUCAGUGGAUCAAACACGUGGAAAAGAACGGCAGCAAAUACGGACCCGACGGGCUACCCUACCUCAAGGUUCUGAAGCACUCGGGGAUAAAUAGUUCCAAUGCAGAAGUGCUUGCUCUGUUCAAUGUGACGGAGGCGGAUGCUGGGGAGUAUAUAUGUAAGGUCUCCAAUUAUAUAGGGCAGGCCAACCAGUCUGCCUGGCUCACUGUCCUGCCCAAACAGCAAGCUCCUGUAAGAGAAAAGGAGAUUACGGCUUCCCCAGACUACCUGGAGAUAGCCAUUUACUGCAUAGGGGUCUUCCUAAUUGCCUGUAUGGUGGUGACGGUCAUCCUGUGCCGAAUGAAGACCACGACCAAGAAGCCGGACUUCGGCAGCCAGCCCGCUGUGCACAAGCUGACCAAGCGCAUCCCCUUGCGGAGACAGGUAACAGUUUCUGCCGAGUCCAGCUCCUCCAUGAACUCCAACACCCCGCUGGUGAGGAUAACCACACGCCUCUCCUCAACGGCAGACACCCCCAUGCUGGCAGGGGUCUCCGAGUAUGAACUUCCAGAAGACCCAAAGUGGGAGUUUCCAAGAGAUAAGCUGACGCUGGGCAAACCUCUGGGGGAAGGUUGCUUUGGGCAAGUGGUCAUGGCUGAAGCAGUGGGGAUUGACAAAGAGAAGCCCAAGGAAGCAGUCACCGUGGCAGUGAAGAUGUUGAAAGAUGAUGCCACGGAGAAGGAUCUUUCUGAUCUUGUGUCAGAGAUGGAGAUGAUGAAGAUGAUUGGAAAACACAAAAAUAUCAUAAAUCUCCUUGGAGCCUGCACUCAGGAUGGGCCGCUCUAUGUCAUAGUUGAGUACGCCUCGAAGGGCAACCUCCGGGAAUACCUCCGAGCCCGCAGGCCCCCCGGGAUGGAGUACUCCUAUGACAUUAACCGCGUCCCCGAGGAGCAGAUGACCUUCAAGGACUUGGUGUCCUGCACCUACCAGCUGGCGAGAGGCAUGGAAUACCUGGCUUCCCAGAAAUGCAUUCAUCGAGAUUUAGCCGCCAGAAAUGUUUUGGUAACAGAAAACAAUGUGAUGAAAAUAGCAGACUUUGGACUGGCCAGAGAUAUCAACAAUAUAGACUAUUACAAAAAGACCACAAACGGACGACUUCCAGUCAAGUGGAUGGCUCCAGAAGCCCUUUUCGAUCGAGUGUACACCCACCAGAGUGACGUUUGGUCCUUCGGGGUGUUAAUGUGGGAGAUCUUCACUUUGGGAGGUUCACCCUACCCAGGGAUUCCAGUGGAGGAACUUUUUAAGCUGCUGAAGGAAGGACACAGGAUGGACAAGCCGGCAAACUGCACCAAUGAACUGUAUAUGAUGAUGAGGGAUUGUUGGCACGCCGUGCCCUCACAGAGGCCGACAUUCAAACAGUUGGUGGAAGACUUGGACCGAAUUCUCACUCUCACCACCAACGAGGAAUACUUGGACCUCAGUCAGCCUCUCGAACAGUAUUCACCUAGUUACCCUGACACAAGGAGUUCUUGUUCUUCAGGAGACGAUUCUGUUUUCUCUCCGGACCCCAUGCCUUACGAACCAUGCCUUCCUCAGUAUCCACAUGUAAACGGCAGUGUUAAAACAUGAACGGGCUUGUCCUUCUGUCCCCAGACAGGACGGCACCGAGAACCUAGCCACGCUGAGCAGGGAGGCCACGCCCCCGGGAGCUUGCUGUCUCCACUUGUAUAUAUGGAUCAGAGGAGUAAAUAAUUAGAAAAGUAAUCGGCACACGUGUAAAGAGUGUAUACAGUUGGAAACUUGUAACCUUCACCAGGAGAAGAAGAAUGUUUCUGGGGCAAUCGACUUGUCCAUGGGCCACCACGCGCCCAUGACCCACUGUGGGUACUGGCUGUGGACCAGUUGGACUCAAGGCAAACG